GGAUGUGUCUCGCGGUGUAUUCCGGUUAGCUUGAAGCUGAACCGUUUCCUGCUCCUGUUGGUCCCGUUUCACUAGAAACCAGUACGGAACCAGUGCUCCCAGUAAAGCCAGUGAGCCCAGCAGAGCGUCGGCGGGUCGCGGAGAGCGUGAGGAGGCCGGAGGUUCCGUUAAACUACCGGGAGCAGCGGGAUAAACGGCAGGAAAAUGGCGAAGACGUACGACUAUCUGUUCAAACUGCUGCUGAUCGGUGACAGCGGCGUCGGAAAAACCUGCCUCCUGUUCCGGUUCAGCGAGGACGCCUUCAACACCACCUUCAUCUCCACCAUCGGAAUCGACUUUAAAAUCAGGACGAUAGAGCUGGAUGGCAAGAAAAUCAAACUUCAGAUCUGGGACACGGCGGGUCAGGAGAGGUUCAGGACCAUCACGACAGCCUAUUACAGAGGAGCCAUGGGCAUCAUGCUGGUGUAUGACAUCACAAACGAGAAGUCCUUCGACAACAUCAGGAACUGGAUACGAAACAUCGAGGAGCACGCGUCCUCAGACGUGGAGAGAAUGGUUCUGGGAAACAAAUGUGACAUGAACGACAAGAGACAAGUGUCCAAGGAGAGAGGAGAGAAGUUGGCGAUAGAUUACGGGAUCAAGUUUUUGGAAACCAGCGCCAAGUCCAGCAUCAAUGUGGAGGAGGCCUUUUUCACGCUCGGCAGAGACAUCAUGACGAGACUCAACAGAAAAAUGAACGACAACAACCCGUCAGGUGGAGGCGGUCCGGUUAAAAUCUCAGAGUCUCGCGCCAAAAAGAGCUUCUUCAGGUGUACGCUGCUGUAGGUGGAGCCUCCUCCCAGACCUCCUCCUCCUCCUGCUGCUGCCGCUGCCGCCGCCGCUGCUGAGCUGAGCCUCCUCCUCCUGACGGAGAGCCGCCGCCGCCGCCGCCGCCGGAGGAACGACAGACCUGUGGAAACAUGAAGAACCAAACGUGUUGAUGUAAUCUGCUCCUACACCGCUCUGAUCUGCCUCCUCACCUCCUGCACUCCUCCUCCUCCUGUUUUUUAGUUUCACCGCCGUCAGCUCGGCGGGUGAAGGAGACUCAGAGUGUUUUUAAAGAAAGAAACCGUGAGUGAUGAUGAUGACGAAGACUUGAAUGUCGGGGACGAACAGCGGAGUCGUCUCGCUCUGUUAGAUGAAGUUUCUCUGUCACUUAUCAUGAUUCUAUAUUUUAUAUUUUAUAUUUUAUAUUUUAUUUUAUAACUCCUCGUUCAAAUGUUGCAGCUCUGAACAUGAAGGAAACCAAGAGUUUUGUCAUCUCGUGUUUGGAAACAGAAAAAAUCUAAAUGGGGACUUUUUUUUUCCAAAGAUGGAAGAACCGUCAGAUUUUAACAGAAAUAUUGACGACAUGAAGCGAAAAGCAGAUUUCUGUCCGUCAGUCUGAUCAAAGCACGGAGGCUUCAGCUCACCAGCCUGACAGUUACUGACUGUUACAGUCGCUGAUCGGAAAUCAGCAGUUAACAAAGUGAUAGACGAAGACAGCUGUUAUCAAUAGUCUGACCCCCUCUUUCCAUGUUCCUCCUCACAAGAAGGAAUUAAAAACUUUAUUUGCAAAUGAAAAUUCCUAUUUAUAAAAAAUGUUUCUAAAAGGCUUUUAAAGGCCGAAGGUUGGAGUUUAAUUCAUUUUUAUGUGAACGAAAGUGGUCACAGAGUAAAACUGUAAAUGUUACAGACGCAUCAGUUAAUGCAGUAACAAAAACGUCUUGACAUUAAUGUUCACGAGCAUCCUCCCAAAAGAAAAGAACAAAGAUCAACUAACCAGAUACUUGUGCUAAACAAAGGUGGAAUGUGCCCAUUUAGAUUUCAAAUGUUCAGUGACUCCAUUUUGAGAUGGAUUCAAACAGUGUUUGUUUAUUAAGGCUUUUAAAUGUUAUUUCCAUUUAUUGAUACGUCUCAUAUUUCAUUUGUUUUGCAUUAUUUAAAUGAAAAAUUCAAUUUUCAUUUAUAAAAUGUUUUUACCAUGUAUCCAUAAUUAUUACUAGUUAUACUGAUAGUAUCCUGUUUUAAUAUUUACUCUGCAGGCCCAUAGGAAAGAAUCGUUUAAGAAAUGUCCUGUUCCUGAAGCGUUUUAGACCCUGAAGCCAUUUCAGCUAAAUCCUUUCAAUCCCAAAGACGCAGAACUGAGAAGGUCAGAGUUUAAAUCAAGAUUCAGCUCAGGAUUCAAACGGGACCUUUGACCAAUCAGCAGCCAAACCCAGCGAAACGAUGCGUCGCGGACUGAUGCGUGGGCGUUUUCUCGUCCUCCAGACCUGCACCGGUUCUCUUCAGGCAGAGCCUUGCUUUUCUGUUCAGUGUGCGACUCUCUGAUCGGUUCACUGGUUCGGCUUCAGUGCGUUGUUCUUCCUGAAACAAAGGUUUGGUGGCAGAUACACUCUGAACAACUCAGCUUCCCUUUGUGUUGUUAAUGCAGACGCUGGGCAAAUUAUUCAUGCUUUUCUAUAUUUUUGUAUUUUGUCUCUUUUCUUUAAAACCACUCGAGGAAAAAACAAGCAAACACUUGAUGCUCUUAAUGUCGAUUUUAUUUUUUUAACUUUUCAGAGGAAUUUUUUUGGUUCGUUGUUUUAAUUCUUAUUUUUGUAUUAAUCUGAAGAACUUCAGUCAUGUCUUAACAGAGUUAUGUUCAUUUGCGGCUGUUCAGUCCGGACUCACAGCUCAAACCUGGAGAAUGAAUCAUGAGAAUUAUUAUUUACUUUUACAGUGUUUGAUUCCUCUCGUUUCAGUAAUUGAUUCCUUAAAAAAGCUGUUACAGAUGAUUUCAUUUCAUCAUUUCUAGUAAAUUUCUAGUAAAAGUAAAUCGAUCACAGAAUGAGCCCAUUAAAAGUUCUGUUUCCUUUUUAUAUCUUGGAAUUGAUGAAUUAAUAAUUGAGUUUUUCAUUUUUAGGCAGAAAUAAUGAAAUGGAAAAACAAAAAGUUCAGUUCAAAGAUCUUAAUUCAUUUUGAUAAUCAAACACUGUAACGGCUCCACCAGACUUCACUGUGUUUAAACCUGGAUCCCGUCAGACCUGUGGAGUGAAAGAAAGCCCAGGUUCAGGGUUCUGGACAAACCUGAACCUGAACCGAAGCAGGUGUAUCUGCUCUGUCCAGACGUUCUUCGGCACGUCUCCAUCCCAGGUGAACGGCUGCGUAUGAAGGGAACUGACAGAGACUGUUUACAGACUACGAUAUUCACCUCCUGACUGAUUAAUCGAUAGGAACUCGAUCGAUCGCUGCUUUUAUGUCGUUCAUGUCUCUCACACGCAAUAUUUAUAAGGAACAUUCAUUUGUCAAAGACUCUUAUUUUGAAAAAGAAAUCAAAUAUUUUAUUCUUCAGUUUUUUUCUCUCCACACUGAACAAUUUGUUUUUAACUUUACGUUAACGUGAGAUGAACGACUGAGACAAUGAGGCUAAAAAUGAACCGAUCGGCUUAAAUCAAUUAAUCGGCUGAUCGGGCUCAUUGACGAGCGAGUCCGUCAGCUCUGAGGAAUCAGACUGAGCAUCGGUGUGUUUGUGCAGGAGCUCUUCAGUUACACUGUAACUUCACCUUUUCCUCUUUUCACUGAUUCUUUUCUGUUUCCUUGGAAACGUUUGUGGUUUUUCAGUCUGGUUUGUGAAUUUUGUUUCAGCCAUUUUAUAGAUAGUUUUUUUUUUUCAGCACUUUGUAACUUUGCUAAAACAGUGCUAUGCAAAACUAUACUGUAAUGAUAAAUGUUGUUAUGAGUUUUUGUUACUGAUGCCUGUUAGAUGCAGAGGACGGUCCGAGCUGCAGGAGGACUGAAGGAAUACCUGAGAAAAAUAAAAUAUUUUUAAAGACUUUUUUUUCUCAUUAAAAUCAGAUUUUAGGCAUUUUCACACCCAGUCUGAUGUUUUUACACAUAAACAUUUUAUAAUUGUGACUUUGUUCAUUUUCCGUUCAACAGAUUUAAAAGACACCGAGUUAACAGAAAAAACAGAAACGGGUUUGUUCAGUGGGACUGAAGAUUACUGAUCUCUGCUGAUAAACACUGAUUUCGUUUUAUUUUUUUACAUUACAGGACGUAAACAGAGAAAAGACAUUUCAGUUUAUCAGGAGAAACAGAAACAAGUCGAGCGUGAAACUCACCUGAAGAGCAGGAAAGUAGAAGUGAUUGAAAUCAGAUGAAGGAUCUGGUCAGGAGCUGGAUGUUUGGUCACAUUUUUUCUGCUGUGAAUCUUUGAUGAAAAAAAUGAUUUAACAAACCGGAUUUUUAUGAGAAAACUUCAUGUGUGUAAAAAUCUCAUUCGGACUCACGAGUUUCCCUCGGAGAGAAAAGGUUUUCGGACUUUGUUGUUGGAUCAUGGAGAACGAGCAGAAAGGACAGAAGCUCUUAUUGUGAAGUGAAAUCACUGAGGCUGUUCAGAGCACUGCAGUGACCUUUGACCUCUCCUCUUUAAGUUUUCAGGUUGCUCUUCCAUUUCCUGCUCUGUGAUGUCAGGAGCGUCACUGCAGC